AUGAAAACAGAUAUGACUACACUUUUGACAACUCCUUUUUCGAGUACAACACCAGUUGAACAAGCUGUAUUUGAUUGUACAUUGAUGGAUACUGUCAAAGCUUAUUAUAAAUAUCGAUGCUGCUUAGAGUGUGGUAUUCCUGAAGUAACAUUACGUGGUUCGCCAGAUGAUUUUCA